GAUGAGGGAUGCCCAGGCUUGGACUAGAACUUUAUUUAAUUCAUCUACUGUUUCUGACUGUGUAUCAUAUUGCCUCUGCAAAGCCCUUUGAGACAACCUUGUUGUGAUUUAGGGCUAUUACAAAUAGAAUUGAAUUGAUUUCCAUAAUAAGUAAAUGCUUCCAUGAUGUGCUGUUUUUUUAAUUGAAGGGUUUCUACAUGUUUUCGUUAACACCGGGGAAUAGAUUUCAUAAAAUAUUGACGGGACACGGGGCGCGGAGCUGAUUCAUAGGGGGCCUAUCUACCUCCGUCAGAGCUGACCGAGUGGAAACGGAGACAAAGAGCUUUUUACGUUGAAAAUUCUUGUGAAUAAAUGCUUGAAUCCCCGAAUUUUUUUAUAGUAGAUAUGAAUGUAAAACACUCUCGAUUCUUGGUUAAAAGCAAAAAAACCUGGCAGUUAGCAUUUAUUUUACUUAAAUAUGUCGAAUGUGAUGCUAGUCUUUUAGCCGAUGGCGUACCGCAAGCACAUUCUGCUCAUUAAUAUUGAUGACAUUAGCUACUGUUGCUAAGUAGGGACAAGCCACCGUUUGUCCCUAAUAGGAAAUGAAUGGAAAUCGUGUACGAAGGAGAUGUUUACAGAGCUAAACCUACUAAUUAUCUCUGAAAAUGAUGUGCCUGGUGCCAAAUUCACUAGCAAAGAUGUGGAAGACCAUAAAAAUGUUCAGUUAAAAAGAUGGCUUGAGUGUCGAAGGCUGAAAAAGACGAGAAAAAAAAAACGAGACGACCUAAGCAUAGCUUUAGCUUUUUUAUCGACACGACUGACAAUGACAUUCUCCUGUUUCAACAAGCUAUCCUUUACCAUCAGCCCUGUCUUUCUCAUACAGUAUAUCCUCUGGUUGUCCUACGUCUCUUACCGUUCUUGAAUGUAAUUUAGUUAGCUUUGUGUAGCGAUCGCAAAUGGUACUCAGUGACAGUCAACGAACACUUUUUCAUUUUUUCAAUGAUAACAAAUCUUAAUUCUAUAAUUUAUUUACACUUCCCCCUUACUAAAGUUGUUUUAUAUAUAUGAGAAACGGUAACAGUGGCAGUCAGAUACCAUUGUAAUUCUUUUCAGGUCAUUCAUUGUCAGACAGAAGCUAAAAAUAUAAAAAUGGCUUACCUCUUUGUCCUCUAAAAGACCAUGCCAACUCACCAAAAGGUUUACUGCAUAUGAAAUGUGAAUGGAUUCACCCAGCUGGUGUUAAAGUCCGUGCAAGUUGAUUCUGUCUUCACAUUUUUUCCUCCCGAGUGGAAACGUAUGAAGAAAAAAUCCUUCGUAAUGUCUAGAGUCGUUUCGACAAGUUUCAAAAAAGCAAUGCGUGAUCGGCAUGUUCGUUUUUGAAAGAUUAGCGGAGAAAAGUAGCACAAAUGACGUUGUUUCUAUGCGAGGGCGGGUCUAUAAUGUCCCACUUCGGCUUCACGAUGCGACGUCACGGUCGUACGCAAUAGCAUGCGUGCGGUACGCCAUUGCCUUACCACAACAAAGAGCUUCUUACGAUGAAAAUUCCUGUGAAUAAAUGCUUACAUCCCUGAAUUCUUUAUAGACGCAAAACAGUCUCGUUUCUUGGUAAAAGCAACAAAAAAAACGUACAAUUACCAUUUAUUUUACGUAAAUAUUGCGAAGUAUAUCACCAAUGCCGUAGCGGCUAAUUUCUCUUUGAUUUUUUAUCAAAAUGCAGAUGGCAGAAAACACAGACAAGGCUGAAAAAGCAGUUUCUGCUCUUGCACCCCUCUUUAAAAUAAACGGCUGUAUUUUAAGCCAAAAGAAAUGUUGUGUUUGAUAGAACAAUAUGUCUAUAUGCUGCCAUAGCAGAUUUAUGGCGCAUUAAGUCCCCAAAUUAUUUUUAAUUUGUCCGUUUUACCCUGGAAACCCCCAUUUACAGACGUCAUGAAAACCGCUUUUGUUUCAACCUAGCCAUAAAAAGAAGGUCAGUGAUCGUAUUUAUUAUUCGAAAUGUCUGUCAUUUUUAGCUUAGAAUCAUUAAUUGAUGUCUAAUAUUUAGAUAAAAAAAAAAACAACAACUUUAAGAAAUGAUUCACUCGCAUAUUUUAAACUUUUAUACAAAUGACGUCACAAUCAAAAAGUUGUAAGCGUCUGUAAAAAAAGUCACGGAUAUCUACCUCAUAACUAUCGCUCAAUUGUAUUUGUUUCGUUAUUUCCCCAAUAUUGUAGAUGAUAAAUAAUCAAUCCAGACAAAGAAAUACUGAGAAAAAAAAAACGUUUAAAACAAAAAGAAAAUCUCGACCACUCCUUGAUGUCUGCGAUUUCUGCAUCGCGACCCUUGUUAUAUUACCGUGUUUCACCCGUAAAAUCCCCCCAAAAUCCGGCUGUGGCUAUUCACAGCUGUGUCUUGACACUCGGUGAUACAUGCUACAUGGAGUUUUUGGAUUGAAAAGAGGUAAGUAUGGGAUAAUAUCUUGUUAAAAUUGUGGCGUCUUUAAUUAUGCUCUCACCUCCAGUUCGGGUUUUGCCUUUAAAAAAAUUGUUUAUAUAUAUAAAAAAUGCCCUCCUGUACAAAAUUUUUCUUCCACCAGAUAGUUGAUAUUUUAAGCUUUCCAAUGGUGUAUCACACAUGCAUAUAGGACAAUUCUGAAAUUUGGCCAAAUUGGGGGUCACAGAGGCGAACUUCAAGUCACCUGAGUGUUUUCCGCCAUAUGCAUGGUACGAAAAAUAUAACAAUUACCUCGAAUCUUCGAACAAAUCACUCCUGAGACAAUCCUUCCUGUAUGUAUGCGGUACAACCUAAAUCCGGCGUUAGAUCUCUGCGUGUGUGUUUGAGAAUAACUCCUCUUGAUGCUAGACGUGGGUAGGCCCCCUACCCGAAGGCGUGGCGAAGUGUCAGCGCCCCGUGUCCCGUCAAUAUAUUAUGAAGUCUAUGACCGGAGUUGUCUGGAUCCCAUGUUUUUUUUUUUGCACCCUCGUUCGAGCCACCCGAUUUUGAGGAUACGCCGAUACCGAGUACCGACCCGAUACCUCGGCCAUUGAUUUAGUGUGCCAGGGCAUGAGCAACCAGCUGACGCAACUGGGAACGCGCGAGAAUCACUACGACAACAUGUUGCGCAUGUACGGCAACUGCUCGGUGGUUCUGGACAACUUGGAGGUGACGUACGCUCUGGAGCACCAGGACCUUUCCUUCCUGCAGUCCAUCCAGGAAGUGGGCGGCUACGUGCUGGUGGCCAUGAACGAGGCUCGGACCGUGGCCCUGCCCAACCUGAGGCUGAUCCGAGGUCAGAACCUCUACGAGGGCAAGUACGCGCUGCUGGUCAUGUCCAACUACAACCGGAACCACUCUGUCGCCACGCUCAAUUUGACAGGUGGACUGUCACAGCUGCAGCUAAGCAACUUGACCGAAAUCCUUCGAGGAGGCGUGAAGAUGAGCCACAAUCAUUUUCUGUGCAACGUGGACUCCAUCCAAUGGGGGGAUAUUGUGGACCAAAGCAGCAAUCCCAGCAUGCUUUUCAAAAUGGAGCCAUUCCCACACAAAUGUGAGCCUUGCCAUCCGACGUGCUUCAACAACUCCUGCUGGGCGCCCGGACCCGAACAUUGCCAGAAAUUCACCAAGUCGUCGUGCGCCGAACAGUGCAGCCGAAGGUGUCGCGGCCCCAAACCUAGCGACUGCUGCAAUGAGCACUGCGCGGCGGGUUGCGUCGGCCCGCGGGCCACCGACUGCCUGGCGUGCAGGCUGUUUAACGACGACGGCACCUGCAAAGACGCGUGUCCUCCCGAGAAGCUCUACGACCUCAAGACGCAUCAAGUGGUGAAUAACCCCAACGCAAAGUUCACCUACGGCGCCACCUGUGUCAAGGCCUGCCCGCGCAACUACGUCGUGACGGGGGGCUCGUGCGUGCGCACGUGCGGCGCUGGCAUGUUCGAGGUGGACGACGACGGCGUCCAGCGAUGUCGAACCUGCGAGGGAGCCUGCCCCAAAUCGUGCGACGGCAUCGGCGUGGGCGCUCUGGUCAACACCAUCGCCGUCAACGCCUCCAACAUCGAGUCGUUCCAGAACUGCACCAAGAUCAACGGCGACAUCUUCCUCAUCGAGACUUCUUUCACCGGGGACGCCCACUAUAAGAUCCCGCCCAUGGACCUGGCCAAGUUGGAAUACUUCCGAACUGUCAAGGAAAUUACAGGAUUCUUACUGAUCCAGGCGUGGCCCGAGAACCUGACGUCUCUCUCCGUCUUUGAGAACCUGGAGAUCAUCCGCGGCAGAACUACGCGAGCACAACACAGCGUGGCCGUGGUAAGGGCGCACAACCUCCGCUGGCUGGGUCUCCGCUCCCUCAAGGAGGUCAGUGCGGGAAGAGUGACGCUGAAGGACAACCCCAAGCUCUGCUACACGGACACCGACCAGUGGACUCGCCUCGUCCGAUCCAAGGACCAAACCGUCAGCCUGAAAAACCUAUCGUCGCCCCAAAUCUGCCAAGAACAAAACCGCACGUGCGACCCUCAGUGCUCCCAAAAAGGCUGCUGGGGGCCCGGACCCUCCAUGUGCGUCUCCUGCCGACAUUUUGACAGAAGGGGGCGCUGCGUGGCCUCGUGUAACCUGCUGCGAGGGGAACCCCGAGAGGUGGCGCUGAACGGCAGCUGCGUGAAAUGUCAUCCCGAGUGUCUGGCCACGGACGGGACGCCGACCUGCCACGGAGAGGGCCCCGACAGAUGUUCCCGGUGCGCUCACGUGAAAGAUGGCCCCCACUGCGUGCCGCGCUGCCCUCACGGCGUGAUGGGCGACGGCGACAGCACCAUCUGGAAAUACGCCGACGGCCAAGGCCGCUGCCAAUCUUGCCACCGGAACUGCACGGAGGGGUGCACGGGACCAGGACUGUCGGGAUGCGCCGGAGCGGCGGGGCAUUCCACCUUGGCGGCGGGCGUGGUCAGCGGGCUCCUGCUCGUCGUCGUCCUAUCGUUAGUCGUCUUCGUCGCGCUGAGGCGACGACAAAUCAAGAGGCGGAGGACCAUGCGGCGUCUCCUGCAGGAGAGAGAGCUGGUGGAGCCGCUCACCCCCAGCGGCGAGGCGCCCAACCAGGCCAUGCUGAGGAUGCUGAAGGAGACGGAGCUGAAGAAGAUUCGGGUCCUGGGCUCCGGAGCCUUCGGGACAGUCUUUAAAGGUUUGUGGAUCCCCGAAGGUGAGGACGUGAAGAUCCCGGUGGCCAUCAAAGUUCUCCGAGAAGCCACGUCGCCUAAAGCUAACAAGGAAAUUCUGGAUGAGGCCUACGUGAUGGCGAGCGUGGAGCACCCUCACGUGUGCCGCCUUCUGGGAAUCUGCCUGACGUCGUCGGUGCAGCUGGUGACGCAGCUGAUGGCGUACGGCUGCCUGCUGGACUACGUGCGCCAGCACCGGGAACACGUGGGCGCUCAGUGGCUGCUCAACUGGUGCGUCCAGAUCGCCAAGGGGAUGAGCUACCUGGAAGAGCGCCACCUGGUGCAUCGAGAUCUGGCGGCCAGGAACGUGCUGGUCAAAACGCCCAAUCACGUCAAGAUCACGGACUUCGGACUCGCCAAACUUCUGACGGCCGACGAGAAAGAAUACCACGCGGAUGGAGGGAAGGUUCCUAUCAAAUGGAUGGCCUUGGAGUCCAUCCUUCAGUGGACGUACACGCACAAGAGCGACGUUUGGAGUUACGGCGUGACCGUGUGGGAGCUGAUGACGUUCGGAUCCAAGCCGUACGAUGGCAUUCCGGCCGGCGAGGUGGCGUCUGUCCUAGAGCGUGGCGAGCGCCUGCCGCAGCCGCCUGUCUGCACCAUCGACGUCUACAUGCUCAUGGUCAAGUGUUGGAUGAUCGACGCGUCGAGUCGUCCCAGCUUCCGGGAACUGAUUGUAGAGUUUUCCAAGAUGGCGAGGGACCCCAGCAGGUACCUGGUCCUGCAGUGCGACCCGCCCAGCCCGUCAGACGGCAGGUUCUUCUCUCGCCUGCUCAGCUCGGACGAUCCCGACGACACGGUGGACGCCGAGGAGUACCUGCUGCCCUACAAAGGCGCCGACCACCCCUGCGGCGCAACGGCUCAUCCCACGCGAGCCAACAGUGUCGCCAUGCGCUAUAUCAGCGACCCCACCGGAAACGCGGCGGACAAAGACCACCUGGACGGGCACGAGUACGUGAACCAGGCCGAGGGCGGCGCCAUUAGACACCGAUCGGACUUCCACAACCCUAACUAUGAAGACUUCCAUCCAUUUUGGGGCGCGGCCUCGCCCGCCUACCCGCAGAACAACGGAAAGGUGGGGCACCGCUUCCAAGAGGGCCCCGAAUACUUAAACACGGCGCAGAACUCGCUACCGCGCGCCGCCACCCUUGACAAUCCUGACUACCAAGCCGACUUCCAGCCUCAGCCGGCGCCCGCAAAGACUCUGUUAGCUGCCCAGAACCACGAGUAUUUGGGUCUGACCGCUGACUUGCAGACGACUGCCUGCUAGGGGGCGCAAAAAUACUGACUUCAUGAGCAUCUCAAGUUUUUUUUUUUUGUUUUGUUUUUUAAUCUCAGAAGUGAAUUCAAGACACAGCAAAGAGAGAUGAAGAAGCAUUCAAGUCACACGCACACACGUCCAACUUGCUUUUUUGAUAAUGAAUGUUGACCUCCCACUGCUCUAUAUGUAUGUAUUUCGCUUUUAGCAUGUAGAUUUUAAUUUAUGUGAAAUUGUUGGUGUUUUGUGUAAUUUUUGUGCAGAUACAACAUUGGAAAUGCGUUUACAGUCUUUGAACAAUUUCCCAGAACGAGCACAGAUCAAUUGGACGCAAUUAAGCUAACGUCCAUACGGCGGCGCUGCUGUGUAAUACAAUAUCCUGCUGGAAAUUCAUAAAUGGUUGUCACACAAUUACCAUGAAAUAAAGAGAAUCCUAGUGUAGGUGA